AUGGAAAAUGGAGCGACAGAUGGUCCCGACGACGACCCCUCAGGGCACAUACAUGUCUAUAGUAGCGCUCAGCAGCAGCGAGGAGCGUCGUUCAACGCUGCUGCUCUCGACGGUUCCGCCACGCUUGCGUCUUUUCCCGCCGUCGUCGGCGCAACACCCGUCUCCGGCGCAGUAAAAUACCCCAAUAGGGAGAGUUUGGAUCCAUCGCCUGCAUCUGCUGCUCGCGAGGCAUCGUCCCCAGCCACACCACCACCACCUGGCAUCGCAGCACCAGCUCCUGCUGCUUCUCCUCUUGCCGCCUCUCCUGCCAACACGGCCCCUCCUGCAACUCCUGCUGUGGUGGCGGCCGGUGGAGCUGCAGCUGCUGCUGUUGCUGCUGGGGUUGGCAGUGGUGGGUGGGGAGUGCCACCCAGCAUCGGUGCUCAUCAGCACAUACUGGCACAAGGAACGGUGCAGCAAGGCGCAGUGCUGCACCAAGCGGUGCAAUGCGGUUCCCCUCGAAACCCUUCUUGUAGGGAACCGUCUGCAGAUCCUUCCUCUGUGUCGCUUGCUGCUGCUCCGUCUGCCACCUGCGUUUCUCCUCCCCCGGAUUCCUCUGCGACCCUCUCACCUCGUCCACUUGCCUCUCCUCACCAGUCCUGCUUCACACAAUCUCAGAUCCCAGCACCUGCUGCCACGUCAGCAGAUGCGGGCGCAGCAAGUGCGCAUGCUGCUGCCACGUGUGCAGUGGGCUACAGUGGCUUGUCUGGUGCUAUUGCUCCAGCAGGGCCUGUCGUUGCUUCUGCUCUGUAUGCCACUCAGCUGACUAGUAGGGUCCUGGCAGGCCGUGUGGGAAGUAGCACAGGCCAGCAGCAGGGUACACUGACCGGGGGUGCUGCCUCCUCCCAGCUCAUGGCCUCUCUCACUGCAGCGCCAGCGGUGGGGACAGGAGCUGUGGCGAGUGCAGGAACAAAAUCGUCUCCAGCAAGAGCAGCAGGCAGCAGCGCACAGCACCCUGCAGCUGCAGCAGCAGGCGCAGGAGGAGGAGGGGGGGGCGGAGGAGGUGCAGCAGAGAGUGCGUCACAGUUGUCAGAAGCGCUGGCAGCCGCGGCAGCAGGGGGUGCCGCGGGGACAGGGGGAGCAGCGGGGGCGCAGCUGUCAGCAGCGCUGGCGGCAGCGGGGGGCAGCAGUGCGCAGCUGUCGGCUGCACUGGCGGGCCUCACGGGGAGCAGCAGAGGCACCGCCUCCAAUGAACCCCGCCUCAGAGACGUGCUCAGUGACCCCCUCACGGGUCGCCUGCUUGAUGACGCCGUGGUGGGGUGCUGCGGCCAUUCCUUCGGAGGGGCAACGCUGGCCGUUGUGCGCGAAUCAAGCACGUGCCCCGAGUGUGGUGCGCACAUUGACGCCGCCACGCUCACCCCCAACCUCACUCUGCGUGCCGCCGUCGCCGCCUUCCGCCGCGAGUCCAGCUCCCUCGCUGCCGCCGCCAUGGCUGCUGCUGCUGCCGCCGCUGCCCAGCUAUCCGCGGACACGCCCACCCACGCGCACCACCACGCCUCCUCAGCCUCACAGCACUCCCCGUCACUCUCCUUCGCUGUCGCUGCUGCCGCCGCUGCGGCCACAGCAGCCGGGUCCCCACCAGCAGCGCCCAUGGGGGGCCGAGGAGGGGCAUCCCUCCUCUCCUCCUUCACCGCUUCCGCCUCUCCUUCUGCCUCGAAGCCCGCCGCCCCGCUCCAAACCCUCCCUGGUCCGGCCCGAACCAGCUACACACCUCCAGGCUCGGUCACCGCAGCCAGCCUCCGAGCCUCAACCGAGGCUCCCCAGGCGGGCACACAACAACCCGCCCAUCCCGCACCAGUCCGGCCCGUUCGAUCCUCCAGCACAGCCCAGUUCCCGUUCCGAGUGAACGACGUGGUGCUGAUCAAGGGCAACAAGCGCACGCCGGAGCACUUCAUAGGGCGCAAGGCCAUCAUCACCACGCAGUGCCUGAACGGGUGGUACAUGGUGCGCACGCUCGAUGGCGCCGCUGAUGAGGUGCGCCUGCAGUACCGGUCGCUGGAGAAGAUCCAUGCUGCUGGUGGUGUUGGGGGAGGAGGGGCAGGGGGGAGUGGCGGGGGAGGAGGAACGGAUGGGGUUGGUGCUGGCGGGGUUGGCGGGGGAAGUGUGGUGACAGGGAGUGGGGGAGGGGGGAGAGGAGGGGCGGGUGGAGGCGAGGGGGAGAGUCAUCGGCUGCUGCCGCCAGCAGGGGUGCCGCGGGGGCGAGGGGCGGGGCAUGGUGGAGCACGCAGAGAGACCAAAGCCAUGGGGCGGGGCAGGGGGGGACGGGGAGCGGGGAGGGCGGCAACGAAUGCGUCGCCCAUCAGCACGCCCGCCUCGCUCUGCGGCAGUCUCUCCACGCCCAACGCCUCCCUCUGGACCGGUUCGGUGGCAGGUUCGGCAGCAGCGUCGGAUGCAGCGGGGGGGGCAUCGCGGUCAGUGUCGGUGUCUGGUGACUUUGGCAUGUGCAGCGGGCCGGCAGGGGAGGUGGAGCAGGGCGCCAUGUCCACCACUCCCAGAAGCGGCACCUCCCAUGUCACCCGCAUGUCCCAUGCCGCCCCCAUGCCCCACAUGCCCCAUGUUCCCCACAUGCAUGGUGGUCGUGCUAUGGCUGCGACUACACCGCACACUAGCAUGUCAACGCCUCAUCACGCCAUGCCGUCUGCCCACCACAGCUCAUCAACGGCUCCACAGAGCACGGUGGUUUAUCCAACGGCCAGCAGCGCGCCCACCACGCCUGCUUCCAUUGGCCACGCUGCCAUGCCCAUGCCUGCAAGCCCAGGCUUGGCCGUGCCUGCCAGUCCAGGCCCGGCCGUAGCAGCAAGCCCAGGCUCGGUGGGGCGAGUGCAGCGAGGGCUGGGUGUGCAGGCGAGCCCAGGCUCGGCAACGUUCCGUCCCUUGUUCCAGACAGGCCGGGGGUAUGCUGCGCAGAGAACCGAUCCUGGAGGAGGUUCGGUAGUGGACGGGGCGGCAGGUGCAUCAGGGGUGGCAGGAGGCAGAGCUGAGGGGUGUGCUGCGAUGGGUGAGGGGACAGGGCUGACGGGCUCAGUGCAAGCAACCAGAUUCGGUGCCCCACAAGCGGUGAGCUUCGCAGCAGCUGAGUUGUCGACAGCGGGAGCAGCAGCAGGUGGUGCUGUAGCAGCAGGGACGGAUGGGACAGCAGGGCAGGGGCAUUCCCUAGUAAUGGGCGGUCAGAGGCCACCUGAAGGGGUGCUGAGGGGUGAAGGGUUCGGGCAGCAAGUGGGUGUGCAGACUACAGGGCAGUGUAUGGUGCAGCAGCCCCUAGGUCAGCAGGGUCAGAUGGGGCAGCAGGGUCAAAUGGGGCAGCAGGGUCAGAUGGGGCAGCAGGGUCAAAUGGGGCAGCAGGGUCAAAUGGGGCAGCAGGGUCAAAUGGGGCAGCAGGGUCAAAUGGGGCAGCAGGGUCAAAUGGGGCAGCAGGGUCAAAUGGGGCAGCAGGGUCAAAUGGGGCAGCAGGGUCAAAUGGGGCAGCAGGGUCAAAUGGGGCAGCAGGGUCAAAUGGGUCAGAUGGGUCAAAUGAGUCAGCUUGUCCUUCAGGAGCAGAGCCAACCAUUCAAUCAGCCCGGUCAACCAAGUCAGCAAGGCCAAGCGAGUCAAGGCUAUGCACCGCCAGGUCAGCAGCAGUGGAGCACAUCACAGGGGCCAGGGCCGCGGCCAGGAGGUGCAGAGACAGCGCAGGGGUGGCAAGCAGCAGUGCAGGGGCAGGGGGCUACUGCCGUGCAAGGGGCAGGGGGCGUGAUUCUGAGUCCGAUGAGCGUGGGUGGAGGGCAAGGCGGUGCAGUGGUUGGUGCCGCCCUCUGCCUCCUGCUACCGUUUCUCGUCCUAUUCUUUCACUCCCUUGCUUCCUUCUCCCCUCAUCUACCUCUUCGCUCCUCGUCCUUUACGCCUUGUCUUGCGAAUCUGCCCUCUCCCCACCCCUCUCCCCCCACCGCUCUCCCCAUCCCUCUCCUUGCUCUCGGAUCUCCCCUGCAGGGCGGUGGGUUCACAAGCAGCAGCGGAGCACACCUCCUUCCUUUGCCCGCCACUCAGAGCCUUGCCGCCCAGCAGAUCAUGGCAGCCACGCAGCAGCAGCAGCAGCAGCAAAGUGUGAUGUCUUCUCAGCACAAUCUGUUGCAACAGCAGCAUCAGCAGCAGCAUCAGCAGCAGCAGCAGCAGCAGCAGCAGCAACAGCAGCAGCAGCAGCAGCUACAGCAGCAGCAGCAGCAGCAGCAGCAGCAGCAGCAGCAGCAGCAGCAGCAGCAGCAGCAGCAGCAGCAGCAGCAGCAGCAGCAGCAGCAGCAGCAGCAGCAGCAGCAGCAGCAGCAGCAGCAGCAGCAGCAGCAGCAGCAGCAGCAGCAGCAGCAGCAGCAGCAGCAGCAGCAGCAGCAGCAGCAGCAGCAGCAGCAGCAGCAGCAGCAGCAGCAGCAGCAGCAGCAGCAGCAGCAGCAGCAGCAGCAGCAGCAGCAGCAGCAGCAGCAGCAGCAACAAGGUGUGUUUGGCAGCGAGCAUAUGCUGGAGGCGCAGCAGCAGAGGCAGCGGGUGCAGUGGCGGGCGGCAGCAGAGGCGGAGGUGGAGAGGAGCUCUGGGAACGGCGCAGAGAACAACAAGAGGUCGGGAAACGGCUGUGCCCCCCCUACAGUAGCAGCACCGGUAUCACCACCACAGGCACCACAGGCAUCGUCGGUAGCAACAACAAUCCUUCUUCCCUCCCACGCGAGCAGCUUGCAAUCACAGAAGCAACUGCAGCAGGAGAUGCAAUCUGCAUUGCAGGGGGCGGAGAGGGUGACUACAACGAGGCCUUUGCCUGUGACUAUGGUGAGAUCGGGCUCGAGGAUUUGUCACGUGGGGGGGGCGAGCUUGACACCGGCGGACUGGACUGGUUCGACCAGUUUUGAGAAAGAAGGGAGGAGCGGUGGGCUGUCGGCUGCAGCUGUGCUGCAUGCAUGCCCGUUGAAUGUGGUGGCAGGUGGUGCUCCAAAGGAUAUGCAGCUUCUUGAUCAUUCUCAAAGAUCUUGCACAAUUACUGCAGCCAUGCCGUACUCAUACCCAUUGGAUGUGGCAGGAGGUGCUGCUUUAGAAGACAAGCAGCUUGGGCUUUUGGGACUGAAGCCUGUGAAUGGAAGCCAGCAGUGCAACCGAGCGCUUUUCACAGACUCGCCUUCCUCCCCGCAUGCCCCCUCACCAGCCCCUGCCGCAUGCCUUGCCCGUCCCAAUAGGCCCACCGUUGCUGCCAGUGGUGCUGCCAGUGUUGCGUCUGCCACCGUUGCAUCUGCCAACAUUGCAAGCGCCGUGGAGGCUGCUUCUGCAGCUUGCUCAGGGCCUUGGGUGAAGGCCAGUGCUUGGGAUGCUGCUUGGGGUGCUGUGGCUGCCAGUGGUGCUGCUGGCAAGGAUGCAGUGACAGGAGCUAGUGUUGUGGAGGAGAAUGGUGGUGAUGCUCCUGAUACGUACGCCAAUGGGGUCGAUGCUGAUGCUCCUGAUGCUGCUCCUGAUGCGCAUGCAUCGGUGCAUGCUGCGAGUUUCAACACACAGUCGCCAUCUAACCCUCUGGUGAGUGUGACAGCAGAUGAUGCAGGGGCAGGUUCGAUGGAAGAGAGGGAAGAGGAGGGAGAAAAAGAAGUGGCAAGGGCAGGUGCAAUGGAAGAGAGGGAAGGAAAGGAAGUGGCAGGGACAGGUGCAAUGGAAGAGAGGGAAGAAAAGGAAGUGGCAGGGACAGGUGCAAUGGAAGAGAGGGAAGAAAAGGAAGUGGCAGGGACAGGUGCAAUGGAAGAGAGGGAAGCGAUGGGAGAAAAAGAAGUGGCAGGGUCAGGUGCAAUGGGAAAGAGGAAAGAUGGAGAAGAGGAAGUGGGAGGGGAAGGGGAAGAAGGGGGGAACGGAGAAUUGGGAGGAGAAGGGGAAGAUGGAGAAGAAGAGGAUGUGGGAGGGGAAGGGGAAGAAGGGGGGGAAGGGGAGAGUAAGGAGAAACAGGGGGCGCAGGAAGGGGGAUCAGAUGCGGGCAAGGGGGAUAGGGGAAGGGGAGAGGAGGGACGUAAUGAGAAUGGGGGGAGGGGCGAGGAGGGAGAGGGGGGCGGUGAGUGGGGUGGAGGAGGUGGCGCGGGGGGAGGCGAGGAUGGGGAGGAAGGAGGAGAUAACAGGGGAGAUGGUGAUAGGGGAGAUGGUGAUAGGGGAGAUGAGGGAGAGGAUGAUGAGGGAGAGGAUGAUGAGGGAGAGGAGAAGAAAGCAGAAGGGGACGAGGAAGGGGAAGGGGAAGAGGAAGAAGCAGGAAGAGAAGAGGAGGGUGGGGCUGAAGGGGCGGCAGCGGUGGGCGCUGGGGCAGAGAGGAGCGGGACAGCCGGGGAGUGCAGUGAGGGAGGGGAGGUGAACGUGAGGCGGCUUGGAGCUGGCUCUAUCAGCCAUGCGGGCCGUGUGGGCUCAACCCUCUGUUCUGACACACAGGCCGUGGCGGUGUCAUCACAAGGGGCGGCGCCAUCACAGGGGGCGAUGAUGCUAUUAUCAGGGGCGACCCCAUGGCAGGGCGGCAGGGCAGGGGAGGGCAAGGACAGCACCACCACUGCCUCCGCCUCUCCCAAAGUGAGUCAUCUCACCAAUGUGUGCCGCUUGCAAUGCAAAUUGCUGCACCCUGCCCUCGUUCCCCCACCCCCUUGGUUAGGCGAAGAUGAGGAGGCGUUGGUGGGGGAGGGGCGUGAGGAGGAACGAAUGGUGGUUGAAACCGAGCAGGGGAAUGAAGGGAGGGAGGAGGGAAAUGAGGAGGGCAAUGAAGAGGGAUACGAUGAGGGUGUGAGACAAGGGGAAACAGGCGAGGGGGGGAGUGAGGAAGAGGAGGAAGAGGGCUUGCUAGGGAUGGAGAGUGCAAAUGAGUGUGUGGGUAGCACACAAGUGGUCCGGCCUGGAAGCAUGGCUGCGAGUGCAGGUGGUGGGGGUGGUGGUGGGGAUGGUGAUGGUGAUGGUGAUGGUGAUGGUGAUGGUGAUGGUGAUGGUGAUAGUGAUGGUGAUAGUGACGCUGGUGGUGAUGGUGAUAGUGUUAGUGAUGGGGAUAAAGGAAAGGAGAUGGACGUGAGUGUGCUGGCACCCCAGGCGGAAGGGAGUGCUGCUGGUGUGGCAGAGGAGACAGACGAGCAGGAGGGCGAGCAGGAGGGCGAGCAGUUGCAGCAGGAAGCAGAAGAGGACCAGAUGCAGAGGCAGGAGCAGGAGCGGCAAAGGGUGAGUACGCUUGCCGUCUCCAAUAUGAACGCUGGUGCUGAUUAUGAUGGUAGGGGCGCUGGCUUUGCUGCCAGGCGUGGCGGUGAGAGUGGCAGCACAGCUGCCCGUGCUGCCAUGGCUGUAGGGGCUGCGCUCGCAGGGCAGUGCAAGGAGGCACGUGGGGUGUUGAGCGAGGAAGGGAUGAGCAGGGAGGGUGGUGAGGGCAGUGCGGGUGGCGCGGGUGGGCAGGAUGAGCAGGAGAAGGGGGGCGGGACGGGCGGGGCGUGUGAGCAGGGAAGCGCGGGUGAGAGGGAAGGGGGCGCAGAACAAGAGGUGGGAGCCAAAGCGGAGGGCAAGAGACGCCGUGGCCUAGACCGCCGCCGUCGCCCCCAAUCGCCCGCCAUUUCUUCUCCCGCGGGCAUUUCGCCCGUCAGUUCUGCUCCCGAGGGCAUUUCGCCCGUCAGUUCUGCUCCCACAGGCAUUUCGCCCGUCGGUUCUGCUCCCGCGGGCAUUUCGCCCGUCAGUUCUGCUCCCGCGGGCAUUUCGCCCGUCAGUUCUGCUCCCGCGGGCAUUUCGCCCGUCAGUUCUGCUCCCGCGGGCAUUUCGCCCGUCAGUUCUGCUCCCGCGGGCAUUUCGCCCGUCAGUUCUGCUCCCGCGGGCAUUUCGCCCGUCAGUUCUGCUCCCGCGGGCAUUUCGCCCGUCACUUCUGCUCCCGCGGGCAUUUCGCCCGUCACUUCUGCUCCCGCGGGCAUUUCGCCCGUCACUUCUGCUCCCGCGGGCAUUUCGCCCGUCAGUUCUGCUCCCGCGGGCAUUUCGCUCGUCAGUUCUGCUCCCGCGGGCAUUUCGCUCGUCAGUUCUGCUCCCGCGGGCAUUUCGCCCGUCAGUUCUGCUCCCACGGGCAUUUCGCCCGUCACUUCUGCUCCCGCGGGCAUUUCGCCCCAGCAGCAGCGGCAGCAGCGGCAGCAGCAGCUGCACCCUCCCUUCCCCCUCUCCCUCCUCCUCUCCCUCUCCCCCCCCCCUCCUCAGCAGCAGCAGCAGCAGCGUGAGGUGCGCAGCGGCAGCAGCGGCAGCGGCAGAAGGAGUGCAGCGGCAGCAGCAGCAUCAGUAGCAGCAGCAGGAGGAGGAGUGCAGCAGCAGUAG